AUAGUUUCCAGGCUUUUUCUGUCAGGUGGAAACUGCUGCAUGGGUAUACACUCCCUACAUCUGCCAGGCAGCAAGCAGAGCUUUAAAUAGAUGGCUAUUUUGAUGCAAAAGCAUAACACAGGACCCUGAGGGCUGGAGGCACAUGGGCUAGAUUUAAUGUGAGGGUCAAAUGGCCUGACAAACCUUAGGGCACCCCGUGGUGAGUACAUCUGAGACGAAGAAUCCUGAGACUUAACCCAUCAUUUUGCCUUGUUGGACGCAGAGGUUCCAGCCAGCUUGUUGGAAAUCCUCUUUUCACAUCGUUUUUUGUUUUUUUUAAACAGUGGCUGCAGACUGGAGUGCCUUUUUUCUGUUUUUGAAUGGUUGUAUUGUCUACUUUUAAAGGACUAGGAAUUGCCUUAUUUGCUGGAAAUACUGCUGUGUCACAUCAGAGAACCACACAGGAAAAGCAAUGUCCUAUACGUCCAAACUUCCUGCGUCCUGGAACGAUAAACCUCCUCCUCGGAAGGUUGAAAUUGACCUGAGUUCACCCGGUUUAGCAGUGUUUGAGCUUGAAAGACUCUUGUUUACUGGCAAAGCCAUCAUCAGCCAUGCAGAUGAAGUGUGGCCAAAUCUUUACAUUGGUGACCAAGACAGUGCAGAGAACCCGGUUGAGCUAACGAAGCAUCGAGUCACUCACAUCCUGAAUGCAGCUCACAGUAAACGCAGAGGACAGCCAGACCUCUACAACAGCAUGAACAUCACCUACAUGGGCGUAGAGGCUCAUGACUCUGUUGGCUUUGACAUGAGCGUCAACUUCCAUGCAGCAGCAGACUUUAUCCACAAAGCUCUUAGCAGAGGAGGCAAAGUGCUGGUGCACUGUCAUGUAGGAGUGAGCCGCUCUGCCACCCUGGUCCUGGCUUACCUGAUGCUGAAGCAGAACCUAACCCUUGUGGAGGCUAUUUGUGCUGUGAAAGAGAACCGGGGUGUCAUUCCUAAUCGAGGUUUUCUCCGACAGCUCAUCAAACUGGACGGCCAGCUGUUUGGCAAACACUGAAUGCUGCCUGGUAGUAUUACCGGUCAGGAGAGGUCAUACGAUUUAUUGGUUGGCUGAUUUUGUCCAUUAUACUUGUGAUGAGUAUUGGCAUAUGUGUUUCCGAUAUGCAAUCAAUAUGAAAACUGUCGUUUUCAGAACAUAAUCCAGGAAAAGAUUCUUGAUUGUUAGUACCUAGGUCAUUUUAAAAAAAUGGUGUCAUAACACAGUUUGUCAGCUGUUUGACUACUUCACCAAGGACUUUUCUAGUGAUUUAUAAAUAAUUAAUUCCCAGUGAAGUUUACUCUUUCAAUGCACUGAUGUCAUUUUAGACAAUAAAGUUUUUAAUAACUGUAAACCAUCCUGCCCCGAUUACAUAUUUUAGUCAGACUCCAUCACAAAAUUGAUUACUUUAGAUUUGUAGUUCGACUUGGAAUUUAACACCAAUAACUAUAGAUAAUAUAUCAGCUGAUAUAUUGAUACAUACAGGCUGAUAUCAGACUGGCUCUAUUCGUCAGAUUUUAUGCAUCCAGAACAAAUGGAAAAUUCUGAUAAAGAUACAGUAUGUUAAAAAUAUAAGAUACGCUGAUUUCAUAGUAAUUUUCUUUUAAGAGACUUACAGAAUCUCAUCACCUUCUGGAUCAAUGGUCAAAUUGUACAUGUUAUAAUGUUAAUGGUUUGAAAUUUUACAUUAAAAAUAUGAACCUGAUGCAGUUUUUAGUCAAUGUAUGGCUGUCACUUUAUACAUUAGUGCUGCUCAC